AUGGCACCCCCGCUCUCCUCACUCUACACGUUGUCCUUCGCACUUGCAGUUCUAACCACUCUUUUCGUUGCAGCUUCCCUUCGUCUCCUCACGAUUCUACCAAACCAACGUUCCAAAAGCACACCAUGGCGCAAGCGACCAGUCGCAACACGAGUCCUCGUGGUCCUUGGCUCGGGAGGCCAUACGCACGAGAUGUUCUACCUACUACGCGACCUGGACACAAGGAAAUACACACAUAGAACAUACGUUGUAAGCAGCGGCGAUGCUUUCAGUGCACAGCGAGCUGUGGAGUUUGAAAGAGGGCUGGAGGAACGGGAGAAACAAUGGCGAGCGGAGGAAGAAAGAAACGAUGAGACUGCGAACGGAAAGGUGAAGAUUGAAGUCACGAACGAGGAUGGUGUUACAAAAUCAACACAAGAGGAGACGAUGAGAGGAGAAAGACCUGCGUGUCUAGGCCCCGACCACUACAAUAUUGCCAUCGUUCCACGCGCGCGGAAAAUCCACCAACCCCUCCUCACCACCCCGCUUUCCUGCCUCUGGACACUCUACUGCUCCUUUACACCUUUACUCCGUGCACCGCCCUUUCUACCUGACCAACAGCCCACAACGCCAUACGAAGCUGCCGCAGCUGAUCUCCCAGAUCUCAUAAUAACCAAUGGCCCUGCUACAGCCGUCAUAAUAAUCUUGGCUUCGCUGAUAUUGCGGUUCCUCAAUUGGAGGGGUGCGAAUAGUAGGAGCAAGUGCAAGACAGUGUAUGUGGAGAGCUUUGCGAGGGUCAAGACAUUGAGUCUCAGCGGAAGGCUCCUCCUGAGGAUUGUCGAUCGCUUCUUAGUGCAGUGGGUGGAAUUGGAGGGUGCCGGAGGACGGGCGGAAUUUUGGGGGGUGUUGGUUUGA